AAAAUAUUUCAUAAAAAUAAAACAAUUAAUGCAAUGAAUUGUAUAAAAUAAUAUUCUGUGUUAGGAUAAUGGAUUUCUUAAGAGACAGUGAUGAAAGUACAAACAACUCUGAGUUAGAUGAAGAUUUUGACAGUGACGAUUUUGUGCGAGAUCCAGAUAAAAAAUUUUGUAAAAAUUGCUCAAUUGGUAAAUUAUUUACAUUUCAGAUUUUAAAUAAUUUUUUGUUUUUGCACUAUUCAUUUUUACGUAUACUUUCAGCCUCCUCAUCUCGAAAUAGUCUAGAAGUUUUAGCUUUACCAAAUGUAGUAUCCUCAUAUACUUCAUGUGUUUUUUCUUUCUUUGUAACAUAUUAUAUAUCGCUUAAAUUAAUAUUUUUAAAAUCUCACUGUGGUACUCGUACAACAACUUGUAAGAGAUAACUUCAUAUUAAAAAUUGGAAGCAAAAUAAGCGAAUAAGGGAAGGUAUAUAAUUAAAACCUCUUUGCCAACUUACAUGUUACUAUCUUUACACUUUUGAUGAUGACUACAAUAACAAAAUAUUCCGAGCCUUUUGGCAG